AUGAGUGGCAAACCAGAUUCAACAGAAGUAGAUCCGCUUUUGCCACUUUCAAAGCAACAAGAAGGUGCAGAGCCAUCUCCUUCUAGGGAUAUCCCAGAUGAACCACUUUUAUAUUUGGAAGAAGCAGCCAAUGACGUAUAUGAAGCUGUGAUUGAGAAUGACGAGGAGUACGACGAAGAUGAACACAAUGAAGAUGUCGUUUGGCUUAGAGAACAACGCCUCCUAAACAAGACAAUCCACUGGUUUCGCCGCCCCAGUGUGUUGAUGAUUGCUUCGAUAACGUUUCUUUUGGCGUUUGCAUCGUCGAGUGCAGAAUCUACCCGCCAGGUUAUCACUUUGAAAUUGUCAUGCAAUGCCUUGGGAGCUGAAAACUGCUCUAGAGAAAAUGCUCAAGUGCUCAUGUCGAAUUUGCAAUUGGGCUACAGCAUAUGUGGAGCCAUCAUCAUGCUUGUGUCUUCAGGUAAGAUCUCGCCCAUGAGUGAUUUGUACGGGAGAAGGAUCUUCAUCAUUGCCGUUGUGGCGUGUUUCUUUGUUGGAAGAACGUUGAAAUUCUUGAUCAUGUACAAUUUCGACUCGUUGCAGUUUUACCCCAUGAUUGGCUGCGAGAUCUUUACCAACCUAUGUGGUGGAAUCAUGUCCUUGCUUGCGUUGAGCAACUGCUACAUCUCGGACGUGGCUGAGCCCCACCAACGAAUCUAUUCCUUGGGCUUGAGUAUUGCCGCAAUGUUUGUUGGGUUGAGCAUUGGUCCGCUUGUGGGUAAUUUCAUCAUUUCAUUAACUACAAAAUUUGGGUCCACGGUGGAACUCUCGAGCCAAGAAUUCAUCCCGUUGAAGUUGGAAUUGCUUCUUUUAUUCGUUGAUCUUAUGAUUGCCAUUUUUGUCUUGCCCGAAUCGAGAUCGGAAAAGGCUAGGAAAAAAUCGAGAUCUCUUUCUAGAUCACUGAGUCAGCUCAAUUUACAAGUGGCUACAGCGCAACCACCAAGUAAAAUGGAGACGUUUUUGAAUCAGAUUAAUUUCCUUAAACCGUUGAAGUUGCUUUGGAUCCCGCGAGAACUUGUGAGCCCAGCCAACUUGAACAGAAUCAACAGCGACAGGUUUGCAAUCUUGGUGUUGGUUUCCAUUGACUGUGCCAUGUCCACCUUGGCCAUAUCCUUUGGCGAGAUCUUUAUUCUUUACGGUAUCUACAACUACAAUUGGAGUCCCAGCAACUUGGGCCAAUUCUUGGCCAUUGCAUGUGCAAGCAAAGCCAUUGUGUUGAUUUUAUUAUCGCCCGUUAUCAGUCACAAAAUUUUCCAGCAUGGCUUUGGAUUCAGGGUCUUUAAAAAGCGAAUCGAUAUGGUUGACUUUUCAAUGUGCUUGUUGGGGCUCGUUUGUGAAGUGAUUGGUAUCUUUGGAUACAGUCUUGCUCCUUCAACCUUUUAUUUCUUCUCGUGCACUGUAAUAUGUGGCUUUGGUUCCUUGGUAAGCCCCUCGCUCAGUUCCGCUAUUGUCAAAUUCUACCCAGAGACAAAAAUUGGAGAGUUGUUUGGCGCAGUGGCUUUAUUGAAAAACUUGUUUGCAUUGGUUGCACCAAUAUUCUACAUUUCCAUUUACAAAUACAGCUUGAGCAAAUUGCAUCGCCCCGGUCUCGUGUUUCUUGUUGCCGGCUCACUCUUGACAUUUUGCACGGUGAUGCUUAUAAUUGCCAAACGGGUAAUUCGUUUGGAUAGAAACACCCGUGUGCCCCUGUUGUCCAGACCCAGCUCCAUUGCCGACAUAGUCGAACCACCAAGUCCGCAACACUUGCAGUCCACGCGUCAAAACAGUUUCACUGACUUGCACAGAAAGAACAGUUUUAUUCAAAAGGAAAGAACCGGAUCAAGCAACUAG